GCGGGGUUAGUGGGGCCGCUUUUGCACCUAGCGGGCCGAGAAGCUUCGAAGCUUGAACCUCACCCGUCCGUCCACUCUUACCCCCCGCCUCUCCCGUCCCUUCAUUCCAAUCUUCCCGUCCCGUGAAACCUUUAAUUGACUUCAGCUACCUUGCCUAGCUUGGGUCUACGCAUAUGCGAAGGAAAGAUAGAAUAGUGUCUGUGUGCCGGUCUUCCUUCUGAUCAAAAUAGUCGAAAUGGAGCAGCAAGUAGCCAGGCUGGUAGAAAAGGCGUGGAACAAGUUCCAAGAGACGCCUGGAGAGAAACGCCUUUUGAUAGGAAUAUCCGGCAUCCCAGGCUCAGGCAAAACAACCCUCUCCCAAAUAGUAACAACCCGCCUCAACGCCCGCGCCAAAACCCUCGACCCCUCAAACCCAACCCGCACAGCCCAUCCACCAGCCGCCUUCGUACCCAUGGACGGCUACCACCUCACCCGCGCCCAGCUCUCCGCCAUGUCCGACCCGGAAACCGCCCACGCCCGCCGCGGCGCCGCCUUCACCUUCGACGGCCCCGCCUUCCACAAGCUCGUCACGUCCCUCCGUGAACCCCUCAAGGCCGACUCCUCUCCGAUAUACGCCCCGAGCUUUGACCACGCCGUCAAAGACCCCAAGGAGAACGACAUUGCUAUCCAGCCGUAUCACCGCAUCGUUGUGUUCGAGGGAAACUACCUUACGCUCGACAAGCCGCCGUGGAGCGACGCUGCGAAGCUCAUGGAUGAGCUUUGGUUCGUAGACGUGGACUUUGAGGUGGCGAGGAAGCGGUUGAUAGGGAGACAUGUCAAGGCAGGCAUUGCCAAGAACGAGGAGGAAGCUGAUAAGAGGGCAAGGGAAAACGACCUGGUGAAUGGGAAGGAGAUUGUCGACUUCCGCCUGAAGGUUGAUGAGGUUGUUACCAGUCGAGAAGAUGACGAAUGGAUUCACGAAUGAGAAAUAUACGGCACUGUGUUCAGCCAUGGCUAUGGGGGGCUUUAUUACUCGCUGUCGACCCUCAAUCGUGCCGGAACUAUUAUGAGGUCCUGUCCUGUCCUGUCCCGCCC